AUGCAACAACAAGAGUUGCUCGAUAGAGUCGUGGAGUCUGUUGAUGAAGAUCACGAAAGGUUUUUACAUAAAUUAAAGGAAAGGAUCGAUAGGGUUGGGAUUGACAUACCAAAGGUUGAAGUAAGAUACGAGAAUUUAUGGGUUGAAGGAGAUGCUUAUGUUGGUGACAGAGCUCUUCCCUCUCUCUUUAAUGCCACCUUUAACUUAAUUGAGAGUGCACUAGGAUUGGUUGGGAUCGUCCCUUCCAAGAAAAGGAAAGUCAAGAUUCUUCAGUCCAUUAGUGGGAUUAUCAGACCAUCAAGGUUGACAUUGCUUCUAGGUCCACCAGGUGGAGGCAAAACUACAUUACUGCUAGCACUAGCAGGGAAACUUGAUCAUGAUCUUAAAGUAUCUGGAAACGUUUCUUAUUGUGGCCACCAACUGUUUGAAUUUAUUCCUCAAAGAACUUGUGCUUAUGUAAGUCCUCAUAAUCUUCAUAAUGGGGAGAUGACAGUGAGAGAGACGUUAGAUUUUUCAGGACGGUGUUUAGGUGUUGGGGAAAGAUACAGUUUGCUCACAGAAAUCUUGAAGAGGGAGAACCAAGUAGGAAUCGAACCAGAUCCAGAUAUUGAUGCUUUCAUGAAGGCCACGGCUGUCCCAGGUCAGGAAAGCAGUUUGAUCACCUGUUAUAUCCUCAAGAUACUUGGCUUGGAAAGCUGUGCUGAUACUAUGGUUGGUGAUCAAAUGAGAAGAGGUAUCUCUGGUGGAGAAAAGAAACGUGUUACUACUGGCGAGAUGUUAGUUGGGCCAGCAAGAGUUCUUUUCAUGGAUGAAAUAUCAACUGGAUUGGACAGUUCUACCACUUAUAAUAUUGUGAAGGCCUUAAGACAGAUGGUACAUAUAAUGGAUUUAACCAUGGUUAUCUCUCUUUUGCAACCUGAUCCGGAGACAUACAAACUGUUUGAUGAUGUCAUAUUGAUGUCAGAAGGUCAAAUUGUAUAUCAAGGUCCUUCUAAAAAUGUCCUUGAAUAUUUUGAGUGCAUGGGAUUCAAGUGCCCAGAAAGAAAGGGGGUAGCUGACUUUCUUCAAGAGGUAACUUCAAGGAAAGACCAAGAACAAUACUGGUUCAGGACAGAGCAACCUUACAGAUAUAUACAGAUCCCUGAAUUUUCACAGGCUUUCAAAUCUUACCACAUCGGACAGAAACUGGAAACAGAUAUUUGUACCCCUUAUGACAAAUCCAAAACACAUCAAGAUGCCCUGGUGAAAAAUAAGUAUGGAAUAUCUAAUCUUGAACUUUUGAAGGCAUGCUUUCAUAAGGAGUGGUUGCUAACAAAGCGCAACUCUUUGCUUUACAUAUUUAAAACAUUCCAGUUAACGUUCAUGUCGUUGCUAAGCAUGGCCGUGUUCUUUAGGACUGAAAUGCAUGUUGGCAGUUUGGAAGAUGGAGGGAAGUUUUUCGGGUCUCUUUUCUUUGCUCUCCUUAUCGUGAUGUUUAAUGGGAUGGCUGAGCUUGUGUUGACUGUUAUGAGGCUUCCAGUGUUCUAUAAACAUCGAGAUUCAUUGCUAUAUCCUGCAUGGGCUUUUGCUCUCCCCAUUUGGGUACUUAAAAUUCCCUUAUCUUUCAUGGAAUCAGGAAUAUGGGUGAUUCUAACAUAUUAUACUAUAGGAUAUGCACCAGAUGCCAGCAGAUUCUUUAAGCAGUUCCUGACCUACUUUGCCAUACAUCAAAUGGCUCUCUCUCUUUUUCGACUGAUUGCUGCUGUUGCAAGAACAGACGUUCUUGCGAACACCUUGGGUGCCUUCACCUUGUUGCUGAUUUUAGUCCUUGGAGGAUUCAUAGUGGCCAAGAAUGAUACAGAGCCAUGGAUGUCGUGGGGAUUUUAUGCCUCUCCUAUGAUGUAUGCACAGAAUGCCUUAGUUAUAAACGAGUUUCUAGACGAAAGAUGGAGUGCUGUAAUGCAGCCCAACAUAGACCCGCGAAUUAAUGCACCAACCGUUGGGGAAGCCCUUCUCAAAUCAAGAAGUUUUUUUGCUAAGGAUUACUGGUUCUAUAUUUCUAUCGGGGUACUCAUUGGGUUCUCGUUUCUCUUCAAUAUACUAUUUAUCAUUGCACUCAAUUUCUUGAAUCGUACGUUACCUAACUCUGGUAUUUUCUUAUUUUAUUUUUAUACUUUAAUGUUUGACCGUAUAGUCCAUGAUUUAUUUGCCUGGAAAACAAUUUCAGCUCUUGGUGAUACUACAACUGUUAUCAGAGAUGAAAGUGACGUCAAGAAUUCAAACAGUGAACUUAAUCACAGUGAACUUUAUGUAGGUGCCAAGAUGGCGGUGAAAAGAACUUUGAGGAAAAAUGGCUCGACUGCUGGUGAUGAUGACCGUAUGGAAAGAAGAGGAAUGGUUUUGCCAUUUCAGCCCCUUUCACUUGCUUUCAACCAUGUCAACUACUUCAUUGAUAUGCCUGCUGAAAGGAAGGCAAGAGGGGUUGAAGGUGGUCGCCUUCAGUUGCUUAAGGAUGUUAGUGGUGCUUUCAGGCCUGGGAUAUUGACUGCACUUGUAGGCGUCAGUGGUGCUGGGAAGACAACCUUGAUGGAUGUGUUAGCAGGAAGAAAGACCGGCGGAUGUACUGAAGGAAGCAUCUGCAUUUCAGGUUACCCAAAGAACCAAGCAACAUUUGCUCGUAUCAGUGGUUAUUGUGAACAAAAUGAUAUUCAUUCACCAUACGUCACUGUUUUUGAAUCUCUUCUCUAUUCUGCUUGGCUUCGUCUAUCUUCAGAUGUAGACAGAAGCACACGGAAGAUGUUUGUAGAGGAAUUGAUGGAACUGAUGGAGCUUAAUUCUAUAAGGGAUGCUUUAGUUGGCCUUCCUGGAGUAGAUGGUCUCUCAAUUGAACAACGCAAGAGGCUGACGAUAGCUGUAGAGUUGGUGGCAAAUCCAUCUAUCAUCUUUUUGGAUGAGCCAACGUCUGGUCUGGAUGCUAGAGCGGCUGCCAUUGUUAUGCGUACUGUAAGAAACACAGUGGACACAGGAAGAACUGUUGUAUGCACAAUUCACCAACCAAGCAUAGACAUUUUUGAAUCUUUUGAUGAGUUGAUUUUGAUGAAGACGGGAGGACAAAUUAUAUAUGCUGGACCUUUAGGUCAACAUUCCCACAAGCUAGUAGAAUAUUUUGAAGCUAUUUCAGGAGUGCCAAAGAUUAGGAAUGGUUAUAAUCCUGCUACAUGGAUGUUGGAGGUGACUUCUUCAGCAGCUGAAACACACCUUAAGAUUGACUAUGCUGAAAUAUAUUCCAAUACCUCUCUUUAUCAGGGAAAUCAAGAACUUAUUAGAGAGCUUAGUACUCCUUCCAGUGGUUCCAAGGACCUCUCCUUUAGUGCCAAGUAUGCUCAAUCAUUUAUUGUACAGUGCAAAGCUUGUUUGUGGAAACAACAUUGGUCUUAUUGGAGGAACCCACAAUAUAACAUCACUCGAUUUGCCACCACCAUCAUCAUUGCUGCUAUAUUUGGUGCCGUUUCCUUGAACAAAGGUCAAAAGAUAGAAAAACAACAAGAUCUGCAAAAUAUGUUGGGAGCUUUGUACGCUGCUGUUGUCUUCAUUGGAGCAAUCAAUCAAAAUGCUGUACAGCCUAUUGUAGCUGUUGAGAGAACAGUUUUCUACCGCGAAAGGGCUGCAGGGAUGUAUUCGUCGUUACCAUAUGCUCUUGCUCAGGUGACCAUAGAGUCGAUCUAUAUUGCGAUUCAAACCAGUAUUUUCGCCUUCAUUUUGUACCCAAUGAUUGGAUUCGAAUGGACAACCACAAAACUUUUAUGGUUCUACUACUAUAUGUUGAUGAGUGUCAUCUACUUCACUAUGUUUGGUAUGAUGACCAUGUCAUUGACACCAAGUCCCCAAAUUUCUGCAGUUCUGAUCUACUUCUUCCUCUGCCUUUGGAACCUCUUCUCGGGUUUUAUUAUCCCUCUCCCGCAAAUACCAGUAUGGAGUAGAUGGUGUUACUGGGGAACCCCUGUGAGUUGGACCAUGUAUGGCCUCCUAACCAGCCAAGUUGGUCAGAAAAAUCUGGCUUUUGUGGUGCCCGGUGCUGGUGACAUGACCGUGAAAGGGUUCAUUAAAGAGGAGUUUGGGUUCGAGUAUGACUUCCUUCCUGUGGUGGCUGCAGCCCAUGUUGGUUGGAUCCUUCUAUUUUUUGUCGUCUUUGUGUGUGGUAUCAAAUACCUUAACUUUCAACAGCGAUAAUCCGCUAGCCUCGUUUUUAGUCCUGCGUUUCUUCUAUGACAUCAGAAUGAGAAUCUCAUCAAC